UGGAUAUAUCAUUAUCAGUAUAUCUUAAAUGAUAAAGUUAGUUAGAAUUCUUCUUCUAUCUCUCUUGUUCAGUCACACUCACACGAAAACCUAUCAGAUUGAGUUCUUCAUCACACUUCUUCAACGAGUUCCGAUCGGAAGAGGUAAUGGUUGCCGUGAAUCCGUGACAGCGAUGUAUGUUGAUUCCACUAAGGCCCGUCGGCGGAGAAACUGAGAACAAACCUCGCUCACACGGACUCCAGUGUGUCUCUGUGUGUAUGAAAAAGUUUCCCUUUUAAUCCAUUCAAUCAGCCACACCUUUUCCUUAAUUCUUACUCUACCACCUCAAUUUGAACUUUCAAGCUCCAAGGCGACGGGAGAAGAAUUUGGCUCUAGUUUUCUUGAUUCAUGUGAUCAUGUGUACGUCAAUUGUUGCAAAUAGGCAGCAUAUCCAGUUAUUUGAAUGAACAUGUUGCAAGAUGGCAGCAACAUCAACCACCACCUUCUAUAUUGGAUCGACUGCAUCUGCUAGCCCCAAAAGAGGUCAGUCAAGAGCCGUCAGAAUCAAGCCCAACUCAAAAAACUGCCUUAGGAGUUUCAGUGGCCUCAAAGCAAGUAACGCCGUGAACUGCGAAUCAGAAUCGUCGUUCUUAGGUGGUGAAAGCUGCGCAGCUCUUAACCGCUUAUACAAUGGAGUUGCCCCAAAACAGAGCCACAGAUGUUACAGUUAUGUCCAGCCUCGUGCAUCCUACAAAGUAGCCAUUCUUGGAGCUGUUGGUGGUAUAGGCGAGCCUCUCGCCCUUCUAAUCAAGAUGUCUCCACUCGUUUCCACCUUGAAUCUUUAUGACAUAGCAAAUGUCAAGGGGGUUGCUGCUGAUCUCAGUCACUGCAACACUCCCUCUCGAGUAGCAGACUUCACAGGAGCCUCUGAGCUGGCGGAUUGCUUGAAAGGAGCUGAUGUUGUCGUCAUACCUGCUGGUGUCCUGAGGAAGCCAGGCAUGACCUGGGACGACCUCUUCAACACCAAUGCCAACAUAGUGAAAACCUUGGUCGAGGCCGUUGCUGACAACUGCCCCGAUGCCUUCAUUCACAUCAUCAGCAACCCUGUGAACUCCACGGUGCCAAUUGCUGCUGAGAUUUUGAAACAGAAAGGGGUGUAUGAUCCCAAGAAGCUCUUUGGUGUUACAACUCUUGAUGUUGUGAGAGCAAAUACAUUUGUUGCGCAGAAGAAGAAGUUGAAUCUCAUUGAUGUUGAUGUCCCGGUUGUCGGGGGCCAUUCAGGGAUUACUAUUCUACCCCUGCUUUCAAAGGCAAUGCCUCGUGUUACUUUCACCGAUGAACAAGUGCAAGAGCUGACCGUGAGGAUCCAAAAUGCCGAGACAGAAGUUGUGGAGGCAAAGGCUGGAGAAGAAGAAGAAUCCACAACUCUUUCCAUGGCCUAUGCUGCAGCACGGUUCGUUGAGUCUUCACUCCGAGCUCUUGAUGGGGACGCUGAUGUGUACGAGUGCUCCUACAUUGAGUCCAACCUUACUGAACUCCCAUUCUUUGCUUCGAGGAUUAAGCUUGGGAGGAAGGGGGUCGAGGCCGUGAUUUCAUCGGAGCUUCAAGGACUAACCGAGUACGAACACAAGGCUUUGGAAGCUCUGAAGCCAGAGCUCAAGGCUAGUAUUGAGAAAGGUGUUGCUUUUGUUCAAAACCAACUGGUCAAUGCAUAGUUUUAUACUGCGGGUGAAAGCAUAUUUGAGAGAAGUAAAGCAGCGAAUCCGUUAAUGCGUCGAAAUUCCAUUUUCAUAGGCAGUUUUAUUUCUGAAAUUGGCGUCCUCUCCUUUCCUCUAUUUAGGUGAUCAUUAUGUACAACUGUACAAGUGCAACUAUUAUUGGAGUAUUAUUUUAUUAUAUUUACCUUUUUUCU